GGCGGCGGCCGUGGCCGGCAGCCGUAGAGGAGGGGCCCUAGACUGGGGUGGCUGGCGGCAGCUGCCUCAGUGACGACUGCCGGUAUCGCGGCGACCUGAAGAGACCAAGCCGCGGGCCCCGCUGCUGCCGCCUCUCCGGCUGUCUUCUUUCUCUCCCGGCGGGGGCGGCAGGAAUGGGCCCCAACCGCCGCGGGCCCCGCACCCUGCGCAGCCCGUAGGCCCCAGUAGCCGGAGGCCAGCCGGCCUCUCUUUACCCCUCGCCCCAGCCAAACCGUUCCCACCCCAAAUCCCCGGAAAGGAAGAUGAGGGAGACGGGCCCGGCGCUUAGCAGCCACAGCAGCAGCAGCAGCAGCAGCAGCAGCAGCAGCGGUCGGGGGAGGGUGUUUCGCCGUUUCCUCUCAGCCGCCAGGACAAGAUGGCAGCGGCCGCGGAGAGGGGUUGAGCCCGGGCUGGGUGGUGCCGCCUGCUGAAGCGCCUGGCUCCCUGUCCCCGGCACGGCCCUGCACCCCACCCUGGACAUGCUCAGGGCUGCGGCCGCCCGAAGAAGGGAGAGCGCAGGCCUCUAGGAAGGUAUGGCCUCACAAGUCUUGGUCUACCCACCAUAUGUUUAUCAAACUCAGUCAAGUGCCUUUUGUAGUGUGAAGAAACUCAAAGUAGAGCCAAGCAGUUGUGUGUUCCAGGAAAGAAAUGAUCCACGGACCUAUGUGAAUGGUAGAAACUUUGGAAAUUCUCAUCCCCCCACAAAGGGUAGUGCUUUUCAGACAAAGAUACAAUUUAAUAGACCUCGAGGACACAACUUUUCUUUGCAGACUAGUGCUGUUGUUUUGAAAAACACUGCAGGUGCUACAAAGGUCAUAGCUGCUCAGGAGCAGCAAGCUCACGUGGAGGCACCUCAGAUUGGGGCGUGGCGAAACAGGUUUAACUUCCUAGAAGGCCCUCAGCGAUGUGGAUUGAAGCGCAAGAGUGAGGAGUUGGAUAAUCAUAGCAGCGCAAUGCAGAUUGUCGAUGAAUUGUCCAUACUUCCUGCAAUGUUGCAAACCAACAUGGGCAAUCCAGUGACGGUUGUGACAACUACCACAGGAUCAAAACAGAAUUGUACCACUGGAGAAGGUGACUAUCAGUUAGUACAGCAUGAAGUCUUAUGCUCCAUGAAAAAUACUUACGAAGUCCUUGAUUUUCUUGGUCGAGGCACUUUUGGCCAAGUAGUUAAAUGCUGGAAAAGAGGGACAAAUGAAAUUGUAGCAAUCAAAAUUUUGAAGAAUCACCCUUCUUAUGCACGUCAAGGUCAAAUAGAAGUGAGCAUAUUAGCAAGGCUCAGUACGGAAAAUGCUGAUGAAUAUAACUUUGUACGAGCUUAUGAAUGUUUUCAGCACCGUAACCAUACUUGCUUAGUGUUUGAGAUGCUGGAACAAAACUUGUAUGACUUUCUGAAACAAAAUAAAUUCAGUCCCCUGCCACUAAAAGUCAUUCGGCCCAUUCUUCAACAAGUGGCCACUGCACUGAAAAAAUUGAAAAGUCUUGGUUUAAUUCAUGCUGACCUCAAACCAGAGAAUAUUAUGUUGGUGGAUCCUGUUCGGCAGCCGUACAGGGUUAAAGUAAUAGACUUUGGGUCGGCCAGUCACGUAUCAAAGACUGUUUGUUCAACAUAUCUACAAUCUCGGUACUAUAGAGCUCCAGAGAUUAUAUUGGGGUUGCCGUUUUGUGAAGCCAUAGAUAUGUGGUCAUUGGGAUGUGUGAUUGCAGAACUAUUCCUUGGAUGGCCGCUCUACCCAGGAGCCUUGGAAUAUGAUCAGAUUCGAUAUAUUUCUCAGACUCAAGGUUUACCAGGAGAACAGUUGUUGAAUGUGGGUACAAAAUCCACAAGAUUUUUUUGCAAAGAAACAGAUAUGACUCAUUCUGGUUGGAGAUUAAAGGAUUUCCUGUUAGAAAUACUAUUUGUAAAGUCCUGUUUUCAUAUUAUGGAUAUUUGUAAGUCCCACCUAAAUUCAUGUGACACAAAUAAUCACAAUAAAUCUUCACUUUUAAGACCAGUUGCUUCAAACAAUACUGCUACUCUGACAGCAAAUUUUACUAAAAUUGGAACAUUAAGAAGCCAGGUAUUAACCACAUCUGCUCAUUCAGUCGUGCAUCAUGGAAUACCUCUGCAGGCAGGAACUGCUCAGUUUGGUUGUGGUGAUGCUUUUCAGCAGACACUGAUUAUCUGUCCCCCAGCUAUUCAAGGUAUUCCUGCAACACAUGGUAAACCCACUAGCUAUUCAAUAAGGGUGGAUAAUACAGUUCCACUGGUAACUCAGGCUCCACCUGUGCAGCCACUACAGAUCCGACCUGGAGUUCUUUCUCAGACAUGGUCUGGUAGAACACAGCAGAUGCUGGUACCUGCCUGGCAACAGGUAACACCCAUGGCUCCUGCUACUACUACACUAACUUCUGAAGGUGUGGCUGGUUCACAGAGGCUUGGAGACUGGGGGAAAAUGAUUUCGCGCAGCAAUCAUUAUAAUUCAGUGAUGCCUCAACCUCUUCUAACCAAUCAGAUAACUUUAUCGGCCCCUCAGCCAAUUAGUGUGGGCAUUGCACAUGUUGUCUGGCCCCAGCCUGCCACUACUAAGAAAAAUAAACUGUGCCAGAACAGAGGUAUUUUGGUAAAACUAAUGGAAUGGGAGCCAGGAAGAGAGGAAAUAAAUGCUUUCAGUUGGAGCAAUUCAUUGCAGAAUACCAAUAUCCCACAUUCAGCACUUAUUUCUCCAAAGAUAAUAAAUGGGAAAGAUGUCGGGGAAGUAAGUUGUAUAGAAACACAGGACAAUCGUAACUCAGGAGGAGAGGCAAGAAAUUGCUGUGAAACAUCUAUCAGACAGGACUCUGAUUCAUCGGUUUCAGACAAACAGCGGCAAACGAUUAUCAUUGCUGACUCCCCAAGUCCUGCAGUGAGUGUGAUCACUAUUAGCAGUGACACUGAUGAGGAGGACACUUCACAGAGACAUUCACUGAGAGAAUGUAAAGGUAGUCUAGAUUGUGAAGCUUGCCAGAGCACGUUGAACAUUGAUCGGAUGUGUUCAUUAAGUAGUCCUGAUAGUACUCUGAGCACCAGUUCCUCAGGGCAGUCCAGCCCAUCCCCUUGCAAGAGACCGAAUAGCAUGUCAGAUGAAGAGCAAGAAAGUGGUUGUGAUACUGUGGAUGGCUCUCCAACGUCAGACUCUUCUGGGCACGACAGUCCAUUUGCAGAGAGCACUUUUGUGGAGGACGCCCAUCAAAACACAGAACUGGUAACUUCUGCUGACACAGAAACCAAGCCAGCUGUUUGUACUGUUGUGGUGCCACCAGUGGGACUAGAAAAUGGCUUAAAUGCUGACGAGCAUAUGACAAACACAGAUUCUAUAUGCCAGCCAUUAAUAAAAGGAAGAUCUGCCUCUGGAAGAUUAAACCAGCCUUCUGCAGUGUGUAAUCGUCAGCAGAAAUCGACAUCAGCAUUCCAGCAGCAGCAUUUGAACUUCAGCCAGGUUCAACACUUUGGAUCUGGGCAUCAGGAGUGGAAUGGAAACUUCGGACAUCGAAGACAGCAAGCUUAUAUCCCUACUAGUGUUACCAGUAAUCCAUUCACUCUUUCUCAUGGAAGUCCCAAUCACACCGCAGUGCAUGCCCAUCUGGCUGGAAAUACACACCUCGGAGGACAGCCUACUCUACUUCCAUACCCAUCAUCAGCUGCCCUGAGUAGUGCUGCACCAGUGGCCCACCUCUUAGCCUCUCCAUGUACCUCAAGACCUGUGUUACAGCAUCCAACCUAUAAUAUCUCCCAUCCCAGUGGCAUAGUUCACCAAGUCCCAGUGGGCAUAAAUCCCCGUCUGUUACCAUCCCCAACCAUUCAUCAGACUCAGUACAAACCAAUCUUCCCACCACAUUCUUACAUUGCAGCAUCACCUGCAUAUACUGGAUUUCCAUUGAGUCCAACAAAACUCAGCCAGUAUCCAUAUAUGUGAAAACUCAAAAACAGUAUAUUGAGGAAGCUCAAUGAUACAAACAUUUGAUUAAAAAUAAAACAUGGUAUUUAAUAAAUAUUAGCCAUGGCACAAGAAAAUUAUUUUUGAAUCAUGUAGACUUGGGUGCAAUUUAAACAACUUUGAGCUUUAAAAAAAAAACUCACUUUUGAUGUGUUUUGCACAUUUGGUAUAACUUGUCUUUGGUCAUGUUAUCUUCUUAUGUAGUAACUCUAGACAGGUGACUUAUGGGAGCAGAAGUCCAGUUUUGCUCCUGCUAUUUUUUAUAAAUUGCCUUCUAACUAGUGCAAGACACGUCCACAUUUGGGAAGCCAUUCUGUGUACAGACUUAGAGCAACAGAUGCACAUAUGUCAAAAUUACAGCAUACAGUGAAUUGUAUUAUCUGUGUCUUAGUGUAUAAAUGUUGGGUCACUUACCUAAAAAUUGAGCUAUUGUUCUUUACAUUUGCAUGUGUCUUUUGCAUGGGCAAAUUGUUGCCUAGACUUUGCUCUUAAAUGUUGUUCUAAUAAUCUCAGCUGCAUUGUAAACCGUUUCCACACAUAGUGCCUUAAAUAUUUGAGGUUGUUAAUGUUAUUACCUAUAUAUAAAUGUUGAGGACUGCAGCACUUAAAAUUCAGACUUACUCUUUAGUUUUCUUUUGAUAGAGUAAUGUUCAUUUUUGGUUUUGCGUGGUAUGAUUUUGGGUAGUAGCUGUUUUUUCCUUAUUAAGAGGGCAGCAUGUUUGCUAUAGCUGAAUUCUGCUGUCUGAUUUUUCAGAAUGAUCUAGCUUCAAGAAAAGCAAGCAGUUAGUAGUGCUUAAGAAAAAUUGAUUCAGUAUCUAAUGGAUAGUUGAUAACUGUCACAGCACAGCAUUUUAUAUACUGUUAAGUGAAACUGCAAUACAAUCUUAAGUUUAUUUUGAGAGUGUUUGCUGUAUAAUUGGACUUAAAAUGUUUAGAGGUGCAGUAGGCAUGACUUUGGGUAGAUAAUGAAAGAAAAUGCAAAAUGCUCACUGAUUCAUGAUGUGGUUUUAUCUUAGCUUGGGCAAACCAUGCAGUAUUUAAUAAAUAGUAGCAGAAUAUUUACUAUUGAAGCUUGAAAAGAUGUGAGUUCUUUGUGUGCAAUUUUUCAUUUAUGCAUGUGAGGGUUUGUUUUUUUUUAAGUAUUUUUACAUUGCAGUACUUGUUUUGCUUGUUGGUGAUGUUUGCUUAUUUAAUACAUUCCGUCAGGGACAGAAAUUACAUGCUUGUUUUUCCUAGGAAGUGUGUCUUGGGUUUUUCCCUUCCUUUUUGGGGGGGUGGGGCGGGGUGGGGUGGUGAUGGCAGUAGUUACGUUUAAAUGAAGUUGCUUUUACAGCACCAAAGACUUAAUCAUCCAUUUCCUAUACUUUUUGCAUAGACCUCAAGUAUAUUGUAGUGUAGAGGUGGAAUUUAAGGAAAGGUAUUAAACUGAGGCUGUGUUUAGCUUACAGGCAAGUAAUAAAUUGUAUCAUUUAUCUUGAAUGUAUCAUAGAUAAGCUGCUAUAUAACGAUUGCCACUUCAGAUAGCUGUGAAAUUAGGUGAUUAACUAGUUGUUAUUUAGCCUUCUAAUUUCUGUAUAAGUCUAAUUAUAUGAAAUAGAAGUUGGGGUUUUGAUUUUUUACUUUGCUUUUUUGUUUGGAGUGUCAUUGUAACUACUGUAUUGUAAAUGAUGGAAAAUAAUUGCAUAUGUUAUUUUGGGGUGUGUUAUUUGCAUCAGUAUUUUAUCUCUAUUAAUGUUUGUGCUCAUCACUGCAUAUGAAAGAUCUUGGAUGUAUCAAUGUAACUUAAUUUUUUAUUUUCAUACUGGCAUUGUAGACACUUGAGAAAGCUGUAUCUUGCAGGCUUGACUUAACUUUUUUUCCUUAAGAAUCUGGAAUAUAAUCUUACAGCAUUUACUGGAAUAAACAGUACAAAGCAUUUGAGUGUAAAACUCUCCAGAUGUUUUGGAUUUACAGCAUUUCUUUGAUGAAUGAAUUGUAUACCACUAGUACAGCUCUAGUACAGCGUUGACAAUAAGCUAAUAAUGGAUAAGCUUUUCUUUACUCCAUUAACACAAGCAGUGUUUUAUUUAAUAAUCAUCAAUGAAAUAAAUGUGCCUGAAAUUGAUUUUAAAAAUUACAGUAUUAGAUCAUAAAAUAAAAACCAGCAGUACAUUUUUAGUCACACUGAAAAUGAAGGACUUAAUUUUCCCCACGAGUUUCAGUGUUUUUAGUACUCAAUUCUAUGCAUUUUAUAUAAAUAGAAAUAUAUAUAUAUAAUAACGCAUAAAAAAGGAGUAGCCUAAGAUUAAUUUAAAAGAUUAUUUACAGAUGACAAAUUUAUGGAGUCACUAUUUAAGUAAAUUUGCUGCCCUCCACAGCCUUCUAAUUUUAUUUAUACAGUCCGGCAGAUUACUGGUAUCUGCUCACUUCUUGGAAAAGAAUCAAUGCUGGCAACGGAUGUUUCAGAAAUACCAAGUGCAAAGGAUUGAUUGUAUCACAACAGGUACAAAACUGGCGCAGUUUUCUUUUUUGUUCAGGGCUGUGUUUACUGCCCUGAAGUGUCAUAUUUUCUGUCUUUAAGUUCCAAGACUGAAAGUAGUCUUGUUAAAUUGACAGUAAAUGGUAAACUUCAACAUUUGCAUAAUAUAAUAGUAAUAUUUGAUAAAGGCUUAUUCCAGUUAAGUACACUGCUCUUAAUUAAUUGCAACCAUGGGCUUUUUAAUGCAUUUAAAAGUAAAACAUUUCAAAAUUUUGCUAAAUUCUACAUUUAGCAUACUGAUGAAAGAAUCUGGAUUUAUGUCCUUUUAAAACUAUUUUUAUCAGUUUUCUUUGAUUUUAAUGCUUUCUUAAAUAAAACACUGCAUGAUUUCCAAGUUGCAUAUUUGCAUACUAUUUUAAUUUACAAAUUAUUUUUUAUCAAAUAUUCUGAUAUUUAGUUGGUUUUUUUCUUUCAGGGUGUUUAAUUAAAUAUGUUACUGUAUUAGCAAAAUGUUUUCAUUUUUUAAAUCUCUACUGCUAAUUUUAAACUUGGUUUGUGUUAACUAAAAGUUAAAUCAUACACUGCAAGGUGUAGGAAGAUUUGUUUUAAUGAACCCAAUGACAAUAGAUUUGAUUACUAAGUUUGAACUGUUAACUUUAGACUUGUGGCUUUCUUUCUUUGGUUUGUUUGUUUUUGCUUUUACUUCUAUGCUACACUAGUUUGCCAUGUAGCAAUUGCACUGUGCAAUAUUACAAUAAGGACUGGGAAAACUUUUAUGGAUGUAAUGUCUAUUACGGUUUGCGAUAGUAUUUCUCUCUAGUUCUCAGUGAUUUAAAUGUGACCAAGCCUUCUGUACUUUGUCACAAAAAGCGGGUUUUCCAGGUGACUAUUUUGGUGAGUGUCAAAAUAAGAAUUUAUGGUGUAUUACUGUCAAUUCACUUUGAAUUAAAAUAUAUAUAUUGCCGCAAA